CUUGUUUGAUGCUAACAAACACGAGCUGGAUGUUCAGAUUGAUUAGAAAUGACUUCGCCUUGAUGUAGGUUCGGACUGUUCGGUCAAGAUCUAAUCUCGCGUCUACAGGUCAUACUACCAACUCCGAUCGAAGCCAGUUGGAAGCCAAGAAGUACAGAUAAGUUGGUCUGCUUGCUUCGUUCCAACUUCCAACCCAAUUCAGCUAAACAAAAAUGGGAUACCUGUCGAUGGCACCAUCCUCCUCCUCGGUAGCUUCGUCUCCGUGCUCGAGGAGGACUUUUGGUUGCUCACAGUCACAGCCCUCGUCCGGAUUGUUUGCAGACCGUCAUGCUAUUCUGCUGAGCCAUAGGCAACGGGAGUUACUAAAUGUGAGUGUCAGGCCUAAGCAGAUCCAGCUGCUAGUUUGCCCAGCAUACCUGCGCCCCAUAUCUGCGCGCGCCGAUGAACCAUCAAUCAUCAUCGGAAAGAACAUGCUCACGGACGCUGUGAACAAGAUGAAGCGAAGACCUAAAUCUGACUACAGACAGCAGCUGAUGGAUGCCCUUCUAAUGCUCAAGAAGCUCGCUGCCGACGGGAACAACCGCAGAGCCAUGAGAAGGUCAUUUGGUAUGCUCUCCAUAGUCAUGGCCCCUGUAAGCUCCGACCUCCACCGUAAUGACCAUGGCGCAUGGUCCAGCCUAGCAGCAGCAUCACUGAAGCUGAUGUGGCUUCUCGUCGAUGAUACUUCUCCUUCUCAGAGGGCCUCAAUAAUGAAGCACGAGAUGUCAAGAAAGGAGGAAGAAAUCACGAGAAGUAUGAUGGGGAUUCUGAAUUGCGACAAAUGUGAUGAACAGCUCCGUAUGCUAGCCAAGAAGAUCCUCGCACAAGUGAAGAAAAUACAUUCGCACUAGUGGGCCAUCUUAGUUGGUUACGUCUCUCUCAGUCUCUCUGCUGGUUUGAGCGCUUUUCCAUACCGUGUUUGCUGUAUUUUGUAUUUGGUAUAUAUUUACCCUUGAUAUUGCAUUGUACUUGGAAAGAACGAAACAAGCACAUCUUCCAGAAUAAGGUCCUGUGUCUA